AGUGCAAUCCAGUGGCAGUACUUUUAAGAACGUGGAGAAUGAAAUCAAUCGUGCUUCAAGAUGGGAAUGCAGCAGAUGCAACCUCCGGGGAGCAGCGCUUGGUUGUUAUUACGGCCACUGCCGCAAAACUUAUCAUGUCGCAUGUGCAAUGAUGAUACCAGAAUGCCGCUGGGAUGUUGAGGGUCUCCAUGUUUGGUGCCCCAAUCAUGCACCACAUGAUGAUAUGAGCUCACCAACGAUGGAGAGUGACAUCGUGCUUCAAGUAGUUCAGCUGAACACCUCAAGUUCUUCCUUGUCUCAGGGGUACACAUUGGUGGAGGUUACUGAGCAGAUCUUCAAUCAUUCUUCAUUAAUAUUCUAAUAUAAUUUGCACGGUACUUCAUCAUUGCAGCCAAUGUUCAGAUAAAGAAAGAAUUUCUUCCAAUUACCGGAGAGAACAAAACCUACAAAAUCAGUCUAGCACCCUGGUGGAUCAAUGGGUUUUGCUUGGUAUAUCUUUAAGUGCAUCAGAAGAGGAUUCCUUGAAGGAAUUUGCGUCCUUGACCAAUUCAACCUUGGUUGAGGAUUGGGACAAAAAUGUGACUCAUGUUAUUGUGGGCAGAAACACAGAUACCGCAUGUGUGAGAUCAUAUGCGGUCCUGAUGGCGAUACUGUAUGGGAAAUGGAUUGUCAGAGCCGGAUGGAUUGUGGAUUUCUUGGUGCAACGAAUUCCACACCCGGAAACUCCUUACGAGAUGACAUUCUAUGGGGGUUUGCACACAUCAAUUUCUGGACCAACGAAAGGAAGAGCUAGAGCUGCUGAAGGGGCACCAAAACUGUUCUCAGGACUGAAUUUCUGCUUCAGCGCCUACCUGCACGUAGAAGACUUAGAGGACUUCCAGAAUCUCAUAGCAGCUGGUGGAGGGCAACCGAUGGAGGGAGUCAGCCCAGACUCGUUACCUGAGAUUAGGAACAGAUUUCCAGGGAAGGUGUACUUCAUCUACCACGGCGGACCUCCAAGGGACUCAACUCGGUAUUUCAAUUGUAUCCUAAAGAAGCAGAUAGAGGAGUGCGUCGAGUAUGGGAAAUCGGGAGCACAGGUGAUCAGCCACCUGAUGCUGUACGAUGCUAUCCUGUCCUAUGACGCGCGGAUCCUGGAACCUGGACGGUCUUUUCACGAAUAUAUGUGAGUGAAGGGCGCGCUUCGGAUGAUGGCUUUUUGCUCGUGUUACUGGAGUUUUUUACUUUGGGUUCAUUCCCCCUCAUAUGAGUUGUGAGGACUGGGGGAUGUCGAAACUUGACAAAUAUCGCAUAAUCUACUCACCCAUUAGACUAUAGGGUGAUGUCAUUGUUGUUGUUUUGGUGCUGGAUUUACUUGUUUACCGGCCUCUCUUCUAGUGCUUGCGCUGGACGGGUGUUUGGCGGUAUUGAACGCGCUUGUUGUGCAACUGUUAUAUUAUUUGUCAUUGACUGAAACAUUCAGCAACAGCAUAUA